CGACAAACAGGCAUGGCCUGUUCCAAGUUUCUUUGAAUCGGCACGCCGCAGAUGGCUAGAGGUACAGUACGUAUGAGCUGGUGGGGACGGGUUGUGGGCGGCGGGUCGCCAACAAUGAUAGUCGGUUGUGGAACUUGAAAUGCCAUGCGACUCUGAUCAGGGAUUUUGGAAGGAGGGACCUACUCGGGACAUGUGCCCUUUCCCGGGCCGUUCUGGCUGAUAACUUAAUCCCAACUGUGCUCCCAACGAACCCCGUGCGACCCCGUUGAUUGAUCUUUCUCGAUGCCCCUUCCUCCCCUCUCGACAUCAACCUUCCUCACUUGCUCGUUCCGCCUCACACACGCAAGGCGAAUUAGUUCGCCUCUGCGUAUCAACGCAACCCCUUCCCAAACAUGGCGAUAGGCGCCGUUUUGGAGCCACUGGUUGUGGUGAGCUUGCUUGCCUUUGGCACAAUCGUCAACCGCAACAAAAGUAAUUCUUCCUGGUCCCCCUUCUCCGCCAAACGACCGGAGCCGUGGCGGCACAUCAAAUACAGCUCAGACUCGGAUGAGGAGGAUGUCGAAGCUAGCAGAAGGAGAGAGGACGAAAUCACCCUUCUACCACCAACUUUAAGCCGGUCUAGUAGCAGUUCGGACACGACGUUGGCAGAGGAUGGUUUCGACAAGACAACCCCGCCAUGGCGGCCACGGAAACUCAGGUUCAUGGGUUGGGAGAAGGAGGUGACGACUCCGAACACCGAAGUCUUCAGGACUCGUUUCCUCAGCCGAGUACUCCAGCGGUUCCCGUUCCUCGUGGAGGUCUGGUAUUGGGCUCUCAUCUACUGGGUCUACCAGCUCGGGCGCGCCUUUACCGCCGUGACGCUACAGGAGUCCACCGUCCACACUGCGCGGGAGCAUGCACUCCAGGUCAUCCAUGUCGAGCAACGCCUUGGGAUUUUCAUCGAGCCCGCUGUGCAGCGAUGGUUCCUUCAGAGUCCGACGCUCAUGCGGUGGACAAACAGGGUCUACUCAUUCAUCCACAUCCCCGGUACCAUCCUUUUCCUCAUCGUCCUGUACCACUUUACGACGGCGCGGCCGAGGCGAACGUUGCAGAAAGAGCAGGGUGACCGGGCGCAGCUGGGCGACAACUGGAGAGAGCUCGCGCCGCAGUUUGGACCGGCCGUGUACGAGAGGAGGAGGAGAACCAUGGCCAUGUGCAAUCUCUUGGCCUUCAUCGUAUUCACCUUCUGGCCGUGUAUGCCGCCGAGGCUGCUGAGCGACCCCACCUACACCGGGGAGUACGCGAAGGAGGCGAAGAGCUUCGGGUUCGUCGAUACCGUCCACGGGGCAGACGGAGAUAGUAGUGUCUGGACGACCAACCGAUUUUGCAAUCAAUAUGCUGCUAUGCCAUCUCUUCACUUCGGCUAUUCCUUCCUCAUCGGCCUCACCAUCGCCACGGUACCCCUGAGGAAGCGAGGCCGGUUCGGCUGGAGACGCCUUGCGAUCGUCGGCAUUGGCAUGAUUUACCCAGCCGUCAUCCUUGCGGCAAUCGUUGCCACUGCCAAUCAUUUCGUCCUGGAUGCAGUCGCUGGAGCGUGCGCAUGCCUUCUAGCGUGGCAUUUCAAUGGAUUUCUGCUGAACUUGCUGCCGCUGGAGGAUUACUUCCUUGCGUUGGUGAGGAUUCACAAGCCUUGACCAAAGCAAUGAUCAACCUCGAGCUGUUGGUCUGUCUGGACCUGCCGGCAAACCCUUUCAACCCCCAACGGCGCAACCUGAGGACAUGGAGUCUUGAGGUUCUGAAGAUAUGUUACAUAGGGCACCAAGGACACUGGCUCCAUGUGCAUAACCGUUUCUGGGAUGAUGGUUCGAGUUGUUGGGGCAGGAUGGCAUCAGUGGCAAUAAAGCUUACUAGUAUGGUGAAUACUGCCAGGUUACUGUAUAGCCUAGCAUGUAUUCCUCUUAAUAUACCCAGAGGCUUCCUAAGGUAGUGAGCUAAUAUGGGUCACUUUCUGAACUUGGCCUUGUAUAUCCCUGAACUGGUUGAAGCCCCUUUUCUGGCCAUCACUGCGCUCUCGUUUAUUACCCGCGUGGAUUAUAGCGCUUGAUCCGCCUUCGUGUCUUUAGGUCCUUUCGAGAAACUCCAU